CACCAACAUCAUCAGAAACAACAGUUGAAUCUACUACAUAUGUUACUUAUGACACCACCGAGCUAUCUUCUACCAGCAUUUCACCAACAUCAAUAGAAACAACAGUCGAGCCCACGACAUAUAUUACACAUGACACCACCAACCUACCUUCUACCACCAUUUUACCAACAUCAUCAGAAACAACAGUUGAAUCUACUACAUAUAUUACUUAUGACACCACCGAGCUACCUCCUACCAGCAUUUCACCAACAUCAAUAGAAACAACAGUCGAACCUACUACAUAUAUUACACACGGAACAACCAACCUACCUUCUACCACCAUUCCACCAACAUCAAUAGAAACAACAGUUGAACCUACUACAUAUAUUACACACGGAACAACCAACCUAUCUUCUACCAGCAUUUCACCAACAUCAAUAGAAACAACAGUUGAACCUACUACAUAUGCUACUUAUGACACCACCGACCUGCCCUCUACCAGCAUUCCACCAACAUCAUUAGAAACAACAGUUGAAUCUACUACAUAUGUUGCUUAUGACACCACCGAGCUAUCUUCUACCAGCAUUCCACCAACAUCAAUAGAAACAACAGUUGAACCUACUACAUAUAUUACACACGGAACAACCAACCUACCUUCUACCACCAUUCCACCAACAUCAAUAGAAACAACAGUUGAACCUACCACAUAUAUUACACUUGACACCACCAACCUGCCUUCUACCACCAUUUUACCAACAUCAUUAGAAACAACAGUUGAAUCUACUACAUAUGUUACUUAUGACACCACCGAGCUACCUCCUACCAGCAUUUCGCGAACAUCAAUAGAAACAACAGUCGAGCCCACGACAUAUAUUACACAUGACACCAGCAACCUACCUUCUACCACCAUUUUACCAACAUCAUUAGGAACAACCGUUGAACCUACUACAUAUGUUACUUAUGACAUCACCAACCUACCUUCUACCAGCAUUCCACCAACAUCAAUAGAAACAACAGUUGAACCUACUACAUAUAUUACACACGGAACAACCGACCUGCCUUCUACCAGCAUUCCACCAACAUCAUCAGAAACAACAGUUGAAUCUACU